UUUGUGAGAGGCGCGGCAGCUUGGGGGCGUCGAUGGACAGCAGGACGGGGCUGCGGCGCUGAUGCUCUCCAGAAACCCCGAAGCUGGCGGAUUGUUCUCAGAAUGCGUCCAUAACCAUCGAGCUUCCAUCAGAGAAGCGUGACGCGGUGAAGCAGCGCGCGUGCCAUCAUGUCGGGGAGGGGGCUGAUCCUGCUGACUCUUCUGUCCGGCUGCGUUCUGUCGCUGCCGCAGCCUUUGAGCCAGCUGCACCAUGAGGACGUGGAGCUGAUGAGGUGCAUCGUGGAGGCGUUGGCAGACGUGCUCUCCAAGCCGCGUGCAGUCCCUGUCAGUCAGGAGUGUUUGGUCAGACUGAAGACAGACAGCCGGCUCACUGUCAUCCUUCGUCAUCACAACUUUCUGAAGGAGCUGCAGCAGAUCGCUGCUGCGGAUGAGCAAGCUGAUGCAUCCACUGCUACCACACAAGUCCGUCAUCUUGCAGGUGAAUCUACAGAUCAGUCCAUGUUAAAGGCUUUGGGAGGCCCUGGAGAGAUGUCCAUGCUGAGCCAGAGGAAGAGGGCAGGAAAAGGAGACAGAGGAGUCAAGAAAGAGGGACACAUGAAGGAGAAAGAGUCACAGGAGGGCGGAGGAAAGAUGAACGUGACAGGAGAAAGAGGUGACUGGUCUGACGAAGAGAAACAUCCUAACUCAAGUCUAAGCCGAUCUGAUGAAGAAGCCAUGGACACGAGGUCUGAGCUCCUCUCACAAACCCACAGCAGCACCAACGGAGGGGAGGACAUGAAGGAGGAGCUGGCUGAGAGUCUGGGACGGUGGACCAACGGGGCCAGGUCUCUCGAUCUGAACAAGAAAGCAGCUGGAAAGGACCUGCGGCAGAAGGAAGUGACCCAGCAUUCAAGAGAGGCUGCAGGAAAGGAGAAGGGGGAAGAGGAAAGGAAGAGAGACGCUCAGAGGGGUCCUGACAGAGUGCUUCAGUUUGUUCAUGGAGCUCCAGAGAAGAAGAGGGUGAUGGAGGAGGAGGGGAGUGCCAGCAGAAAGUCAGAGGAGAUCGAGAGCUUGGCAGCCAUCGAGUCAGAGCUGGAAGAUGCUGCCCAGAAGCUUCAUGAGCUGCGGCAGGGCUGACAAAGAGAACGAGGCAGCCUGAAGUCCUCCAGCCUGGAUUCUUAUCUUGAUUUCUGUCCUUGAAACGCCGCUCUGCUGUUGCCUUGCUUUUGUCCCUCACAUAGACUAGCAGAUGCACUCACACUAACACUUUCUCACACUUUGCACAUGUGAAUAUUUAUGUCCUUUCUUGAUGAUGUUUCUGCUUAUGCGACCGCUUGGGUUGAGGUUCUGGACAAUGAUUCUAGUCAGACAAUAAAGGCUGACCCAGAUGAAUGACAUCAACACUUUGUGUUUUCCAUGACGAGAUCCUUUUUACCUGCAAUGAAGAACACACUAGAAUUUAAUCAAGCCAAGGCAAUAAGUACACAUUUUUGCAGAUAACUGACUUGCUUGUGUUUAUAACUGCAUUAAAUCUCUGUUAUAAAAAAAAUCAAA